AUGAGAUCCUUUGUCACGUCCGGUGACAUUCCAAUUGGAUAUGUGACGCCAAAGUUCCCGUCGUUGUUCUGGCCGAUCAACAACAAGAAAUACACUUUAUCAUACCUUUACUACGUGACCGACAUAUGGAAAUACACCGUUUACUGGACGUUGAUUUUGUUUUUGACGUUUUACGUUGCAGCAGGCUUGUGGGCCAGUUUUUCGCAUAGAAAAACCGCAGGCGGUGUGUGGAUCAUGGUGGUCUAUUUCGUGGCCGGUGGAUUUCAAGCUAUUGCUGCUGGAACCGUUGCUGGACUAUUGCUUGCAGUGACAUACAAAGCGGGUCUUUUCGCAAUGUCAACGUGGAUUCCAUUGUGCAUUUCUGUUGUCCUCAUCUUGUUCCAUGUCAGCACUACCUAUUCAAUGGCCGGUUGUAUUAUUUAG